AUCUUGUCAAGUUCAAAAGUGUCAUAUUUGAUAUUUGAUUGUCGAAAUUGUUGGUUAUGUUAUUCAAUUAGUAAAAAAAUACAAAAAUAGCAAGUUAAAUCGAAAUUCUUGAAUUAUAGUUUUAUUCAAUCAUAAUACAGUUUAAUUUUGCUAUAAAUCAGUUUAUCGAUCAUAUUAUCAAUACAUAAUUUUGCUGUUGAAAAUGCCUCAAGGUCGGAAAAAAGUCCCAUUCAGUGGGAAAGCCAAGAAAGAACAAAUGCAAGCAAAACGACUCCGAAAGCAAACAGGCAACAAAGUACCAUUUCUUCAAAAAUCUAACGAUGAUAGCGACGAAGAAGGCACGUCUGUUCGAAAACUAAAUUACCAGCCUACAAAAGGUGGUGGAUCGAGACCCAACCGUUAUGCACUUCAGUUUUUUAAAGAAUCCAAUAAAGAAAUCAAAUUAAAGAAGGAAGAAGCCAGAACUAGUUUAAUUCCAGUAGAGGAAAAGGGUUUGGAAAUUGAAGCUAGUCAUUUUUUCGAAGAAUCCCUAGAAUUUCCAAAAAGACCUCCAUGGAAUUUUGAUUUAUCCAAAGAAGAAUUGGAAGCCCAGGAAAACCGAUACUUUCAUCAAUAUUUAAAAAAUAUUGAGGCCAAUCACAACUUGAAAGACCUCAGCUAUUUUGAGCUCAAUUUGGAAACCUGGAGACAAUUAUGGAGAGUAUUAGAAAUGUCUGAUAUAAUCCUAUUUAUAGUAGACAUCCGAUUCCCAGCAGUAAUGUUCCCACCAUCCUUAUAUUCCUACGUAACAAACACAUUAAACAAAGACUUCAUUUUAGUUCUUAAUAAAAUAGAUUUAUGCCCACCACCUUUAGUGGUAGCCUGGAAAAAAUACUUUGAAGAAAAAUAUCCUCUAUUGAAAAUAUGCAUGUUCACUAGCAUUCCUGGCUACAAUCUAGUAGGUCAAACAACUGAUAAGGGAGGCCUACUAGUGCGCCGUAGAAAAGGCCGCAUUCGUAUGGCAGCUGAGGGAACUCAAAAACUAUUUGAAGUCUGUAAGAGCUUGGUUGGUGAUAAAGUAGAUUUAACGUCAUGGCAAUGCAAAAUAAAGGAUGAAAUGCAAGUUGAUAUUCAUGAAGAUACACUUGAAGUUGGGCAAUUAUUGCAUGGUAAAAAUGAAACUGGUUACUAUGAAUAUGAAAAAUUUAAUGAUGGAGUUUUGACUAUUGGGUGUUUGGGGCAACCAAAUGUUGGAAAGUCAUCUUUAAUGAAUGCUAUUAUGGGCAAAAAGGUUGUAAGCGUCUCUAGAACUCCGGGACACACGAAACAUUUCCAAACCAUUUUUUUAACAAACAAUGUACGCCUAUGUGACUGUCCAGGGUUAGUCUUCCCUUCAAAAGUUCCCAAACCUUUGCAAGUUCUAAUGGGAAGCUUUCCUAUAGCCCAACUUAGAGAACCAUAUUCUACAAUAAGAUUUUUAGCUGAAAGAUUAAACCUAAUAAAAAUGUUGAGAAUAGAACAUCCUGAACAAGAUGAUACCUGGUCACCGGUGGAUAUCUGUGAUGGUUGGGCUAAAAAAAGAGGUUAUCUAACUGCAAAAGCUGCUCGUUUAGACUCGUAUAGGGCAGCCAAUAGUAUACUCAGAAUGGCUUUGGAUGGGAAAAUCUGUUUGUGUUUAAGACCCCAAGGUUAUCUUGAGAAAUUAGAUUAUUGGAAAACACACCCUGACAUUGAAAUGGUAAAAUGGAUUCAAUCUAUAAAAGAAGAAGAUCAGCCAUUGGGGAAAUUUGAAGCAGGUUUUGCUGCUGACCAUUCGAGUGAAGAAGAUAGCGAGGAUGAGGAAGAAGAAGAAGAUAACUGUCAAAGUGGAAAUGAAGAAGCUACACAGGGGGAUACUGAAAAUUCAAGUGAAGAUGGAGCACUGGCAGUUGCUAGUAAUAAAUUUGCUUUGUUAAGUGCUGAUUAAUGAAUUUUGAUGUUAAUUAUUUUUAAAUUCCUAUAUCUUUCUGUUUGCAAAAAAAAAUGUUACUUUACAUGAAAUUUUUCAAUAAAAAUUUCUUGCGUUUUUGGAUUGUAUUGUAUUGUAUUUUAGUUGUUGUAUUGAAGUUGUUAGCAAUGGAAAGCGGUCUAAGUCACAUGAGUCCAUCACUUUACUUUACUUGUAGUUUUUAGAUUUAGGUAUUUCUUUAAAAAUAAUGCACUAAUGUGUUUUUUAUGGUACAAAGAUUUUGGUUUAGUCUAUUUUUAAAAAUAUUUUUGUUUGGUGCAUUUAUUUUUUCUGGGUUUAGGGAAUUCCAUUUAUAGACUACGUUAAUUUAGUUAAGAAGUUUUUCUUCCAAGAAGAAGGGUUCUCUCCUUUUUAAGUUUUUGGUGGUGUGUUCUAAAGUUUUGAUUCUUUUGAAACAUAUCUUCUAGUUUUAGGACUGUAGAUUAGUAGCCAUUUAGGAUGCUUGUUCUAUGCCUCAAUAAAGUCUCCUUUUUCUCUAAUAGCCAGGGGGCUGGCGUCAAAAUUUCAUGGGUCAUUUCAGCAUAAUUAUUUUUCAUUCUGUACGGUAGUUUUUAUUUAAUAAAUAAGUAACCCUACUGUCA